GCGAGAGAGAGAGAAAUGCAGAGGCAGCAGCAGCAGUAGCAGCGGCGGCGGCAUUGCUCCAACAAGCACUAGUCACUCCAGUCCCAGCAAGCGAGCAGGGGAGAGACACACACCAACUCAGCCCAAGCCAAGCGGGCGCUAGGCUACCUAGGACUCUCCCUGUGACACCAGAGCACACAAACACACAAAGGGGGAGAGAGGAAAAUAUAAAAAAGAACUCCAAACAUGGGAGGCAAACUUAGCAAGAAGAAGAAGGGGUACAAUGUGAAUGAUGAAAAAGCUAAAGACAAGGACAAGAAGGCUGAGGGAGCAGCUACUGAGGAAGAGGAGACUCCAAAACAGAAUGAGGAUGCCCAGCAAACCACAGAGACCGCAGAAGUGAAGGAGAACAACAAGGAGGAGAAGGGUGAUAAAGAGUCCCAGGUUGCUGCCAAUAAGACAGAAGACAAAGAAGGGGAAAAAGAAAAAGCCGUGAGCCAGGAAGAAGUCCAGAAAUCUGAACCAGAGAAGCCAGAGGCCGUUGUUGACGCAAAAGUGGAGCCACAGAAGAACAAUGAACAACUGGCACCUAAGCAAGAGGAACAGACUUCAGCCUCUGCUCCUGCUGCCAGUAGUGAAGCACCUAAAACUUCUGAGCCCAGCAAUGAUGCAAAAGUUUCCCAGCCUUCAGAAGCCACAGCUACUAGUAAAGCGGAUGACAAGAGCAAAGAGGAAGGGGAAGCCAAAAAGACUGAGGCUCCCACAGCACCUGCAGCGCAAGAAACUAAAAGUGAUGUGGCCCCAGCUUCAGACUCAAAACCUAGCAGCAGCGAGGCUGCACCUUCUUCCAAGGAGACCCCGGCAGCAACAGAAGCACCUAGUUCUACUCCCAAGGCUUCAGCGCCUGCAGCCCCACCAGAGGAAGCGAAAUCUUCUGAAGUUCCAGCGACUAAUUCGGAUCAAACCAUAGCAGUGCAAGAUUAAAUUGGACAGCCUGUUGAAAUUAACCACUUAAAACAACCUGUGUCUUUUUUUUUUUUUUAAUUUUUUCAGCUAUACUAACUUGUUUCAGAUCUGAAAUAACAAUAUGUAUUGCCCAGGGGGAAAAAAAAAGGAUGUCCCAUCAAGUUGGGAGGGAGCAAGGGAGGAGGGGGGGGGGGAAGAAUCCAAAUAGUAUUUUUGUGGGGAAAUAUCUAAUAUACUUUCUGCCAGGAUUUAAAAAUAAUAAUGAAAAAUAUGGAUGUCUGAAAGUACAGCACAUCUUUUGUAUCUGAACUGCUGUAAAUGCACUCCACCAAUGUAUCAAAAUACUUUUUUCGUUUUGUAAUGGGGUUUGGGAGUGAUGCUUUUGAUUCUGCCCGCUAGGCUUGUGCCAAGGCAAUCAGAUCUUUAUGAAAGCAGUAUUUUCUGUGGGUGUUUUUUUUUUUUAUUUACAGCCUUUCUUAUUUUGAUAUAUUUUUUAUGCAGUGGAUGAAUGCCAACUUUCAGACAAAACCCACUUAGCUGUCCACAUUUUUCUCAAUGCCAAUCCUCCAAUUCUUCUUCCUCUCCAAAUAUUUUUGGGAGUAAACAGCAUUCUCAUCCUACUUAGCCUACCUAGAUUUCUCAUGACGAGUUAAUGCAUGUCUGUGGUUGGGUGCACCUGUAGUUCUGUUUAUUGGUCAGUGGAAAUGAAAAAGUCUGCGUUCAUUGCAGUUCCAGUUUCUCUUCCAUUCUGUGUCACAGACACCAACACACCACUCAUUGGAAAACAAAUGAAAAAUAAAAUGUACAAUGGAUGCAUUGAAAUUAUAUGUAAUUGUAUAAAUGGUGCAACAGUAAUAAAAGUUAAAUAAUUUAAAAAAAAUAAAGGUGUAAAGAUU